AUGGUUCUGAUAUGCCGGCGCAUACACUUUUACGAGAUCAACGACCAGGCUUGGUUUCCGCAAUAUCUCCGCGAAAAGGUCCAAUCCUGCCUGACACUCUGCUGGACUUUUAGAGUACCUGUUCUGCAGAAAGCAUCGCCGGCACAGCUUGUCGCAAGCACGCUGCACCGAACACUCUCCGAGAAUGUAACGGAAUACACGUACGUGGACUUCUGCGCCGGCGCAGGUGGCCCAACCCCAUCCAUUGAAAAGGAUCUAAAUACACAACUCUCCUCUGCCACACCUAUAUCCAACGCUGGCCUAAAGACAAAGCCCAAUGGCCUCACACCCCGUUCUCCUCGAAAUCUAAGCCAGCCUACGAAUAACGGGGCAGUCAAGUUCGUCUUGACCGAUAUCCAUCCACACAUCCCUGAUUGGACAAUCGCUGCAAAGCGAAGUGAGCAUCUGAGCUUCGUAUCUGAACCUGUUGAUGCUGCGAAUGCGCCAGCGAACCUCAAUGGCCAUGAUGGACAGAAAAUAUUCAGAUUAUAUAACCUCGCAUUCCAUCAUUUCGAUGAUAAGCUUGGCUCGGACAUUCUACGAAAUACCAUUGAGACAGCGGAUGGAUUUGGGCACGUUACUGAAAUCCUUUGCCGGGUCUUCGAACUUCAAGAACGAACAGUAUCCUCCCUGCUCACAAUCUUUGCCAUGGGCCUCCUUAUGUUUCUCAUCACGCCGUUUUACUUCUGGAGAUCACCAGGUCAUCUCUUCUUUACAUAUAUUAUUCCCGUAAUACCUUUUGUUUUGGUGUUUGAUGGAUAUGUUUCAUCUCUGCGAACAAGAAGCGCUGAGGAAGUCCAAGCGUUGAUGAAAGCCUGUGGGGCACCAAGCGACGGCUGGGUUGUUAAGAGUGGCCAUGAGCAGCAUACUUGGCCGACAGGAUAUAUGACAUGGAUCAUCGGUAUCAAGAAGUAG